CAAUUACAUUUGCGAUGGAUUGCAAGCCUUCGCCAAUUCUAUUUCUUUCGGCUUCAGUAUGAUGAGGGUUGAAUUGCACUUUAACGCAAACAAACUAAAUAAUAUGCGCCAUAAAUAAUGCCCGUCGCUUUACUGUGAGCAUGUCCUAGUGGUCGACCAGUGUGAAAUGUGUACAAUAGCCCAAACAAGGGUCAGUUUGGACGAAAAUGACCAAAUUCCAACAAAUGGAAAACGAUGGCGAGCAGAUAAAAAGGUUUGUUUUCGGUAGCAAAUCUAGGCACGGAGCCUCGUAUGUGGGCGAAAAGCUGGAAAUACUCAUACCGGAGCUUCCACUGCCAGGAUAUUCGUUCUACACCUGGCCCUCUGCCCCGGUGCUGGCGUGGUUUCUCUGGGAACGGCGGCACUCGCUCAUCAACAAGCGGAUACUGGAGAUAGGAGCCGGCACAGCACUGCCGGGUCUGCUGGCUGCCAAGUGUGGGGCUCACGUAACACUCAGCGAUUGCAGUACGCUACCGAAAACCUUGGAACACAUCCAACGCUGCUGCAGGCUGAACAAUUUAGUGCCCGGUCCGGGCAAGGACAUCGAGGUUAUCGGGCUGACGUGGGGACUGUUUCUGGAUCAGGUGUUGCAGCUCGGCCCGCUGGAUCUGAUCCUCGGCUCGGACGUGUUCUACGACCCGUCGGUGUUUGAAGAAAUCCUAGUGACGAUAUCAUUCAUACUCGAGGCGAAUCCGGGAGCAAAAUUCAUCUGCACCUAUCAGGAACGGAGCGCCGACUGGUGUAUCGAGAAUCUGCUCAAAAAGUGGGACCUGGUGUGUUCCGUGAUUAGCUUGGACAAUCUGAGCGAGGAUCUCGGUGUCGACCCGCAAGAGUUGAUGGGCAACCAUACCGUGCACUUGCUGGAAAUAGUACGAAAGCCUAUCGGAUAA